UUUAUUCCAGUGGGUUUUAUAAAAGGCAUGAGGAUGUGCCCUGUAUAUGGAUCAGCCAUCCUGGUAGGAAUCAGAUGGCAAAAGGGAAUUUUAGCAUUUGAUAUUAGGUAGAACUGGUUCCGACAAUGGCUAACAAAUGCAGAAAUUCCAGCAGCUUCUUGGACAAUACAGCCCAAAGAAGCAUUCUUUUAAAGAAGGAGGGGGAUUGGGUGGAAAAAAACCCCAACGACACUUCAGUGCUCCAGUUUCAAAAUGCAAAGGUAAAGAUGCUCACUGCAACAUCCAUUAAUUUCUUCUACUUUGGCCUGUGUUUGCUCACAUUAACUGGCUCGUCUGUUGCUGCUGCUGGCCAUGAAACACUUUGUGGUGCUGAGUUGGUUGAUGCUCUUCAAUUUGUCUGUGGAGAAAGAGGCUUUUAUUUCAGUAAACCAGCAGGUUAUGGAGGCAAUAGACGUUCCUCUUCUUCUAGGGGAAUAGUGGAUGAAUGCUGUUUCCAGAGCUGUGACCUGAUACGGCUGGAGAUGUACUGUGCUCCUAUCAAGCCACCUAAAUCUGCACGCUCUCUACGUGCUCAGCGACACACUGAUAUGCCUAAAGCACAAAAGGAAGUGCACUUGAAGAAUACAAGUAGAGGAAACACAGGAAACAAGAACUACAGAAUGUAAGAAAAUUCCGCCCGUAAGAAUGAAGAAUGAAUGUGCCACCUGCAGGAUACUUUGCUGUAAAUAAUCAGACAUUGGACAAAGCUAGAGUUCAAUAAGUUUGAUGAAUUCUCCACUAAUGGGCAUUCUCCCUAGGAACAAUGCAAGUAGACAUUCCAACAAAAAGCCAACUCAGUGCUCAGAUGUUUCUGAGACUGGCAGAUUGCUACUGUAAUUGGUCACUUCCAAGUAUCUACAAAUUGUACAUGCCUCACAUAGACACAGUCCCACACCCCUUGUCUUCAGCAGCAAAUGUAAAAGCCUUUAGUGGAUUCAAUUGCACUAAAUUAAUUUAUGAGCCCUGCUGUUGGAGUCACUCACCAGCCUUAUCUAAGUGGAGUUUUUUUUUUAACUUUUUUUAAAUAUUUGUACUUUUAGAUAAGCAACAGAUUGUUUGUCUUGCAGUGUCUGAUAACACUGUUUGAUUUCCCUUCCAUAUUUGCACAGUUUAGAAUUCCUAGUAGGAACAGCAAUAAAGUUAACAUAUUCCUUUCACUACUGU